AGUCUUGAAGUCAGCAUGGACAUGAAUUGUUCAGCGCGUUGUGCUUUGGUUCUUUCUCUGUUGGCAUUUGUAGAUUUGAAAAUAGUCUCUGCUGCAGAAACGGGAGGCACAUCUAUAGCAAAGCCUGGAGUGUGCCCUCAUAGACGAUGGGCCAUAGGGAUAUGUGCAGAGUUAUGUUCCAGUGACAGUGACUGCCCCAAUGAUGAAAAAUGCUGUCACAACGGAUGUGGGCAUGACUGCAUUGCACCUUACACAGCAAAGCCUGGAGUGUGCCCUCGUAGACGAUGGGGCGUAGGGACGUGUGCAGAGUUAUGUUCCGAUGACAGUGACUGCCCCAAUGAUGAAAAAUGCUGCCACAAUGGAUGUGGGCAUGUCUGCAUUGCACCGUACACAGUGCCAAUCCUCCCAAAGGCAGGUCAGUGCCCGCGGCUUCUGAACGUGGUGCCGUCACACAAGGGAUGUGUCCGCGAUGAGGACUGCCCUAAAGAUGACAAAUGCUGCGUAUUUGACUGCGGCGCAGUGUGUGUCCCACCUGCCUUCACAAAGCCAGGAGUCUGCCCUCGCAGACGAUGGGGCUCAGGGAUGUGUGCCGAGUUCUGUUCCAAUGACAGUGACUGCCCCAAUGAUGAAAAAUGCUGCCACAAUGGAUGUGGGCAUGACUGCAUUGCACCUUACACAGUGAAACCUGGUCGCUGUGCUCUGCCUAAGGGGACCCCCAUGUGUGCUGAGUACUGUUACCAUGACGGCCAGUGCCCCGAGGAACAGAAGUGUUGCCGGACAACCUGCGGCCACGCCUGCAGUGAGCCAUGCUCAUAGGACAGCAAGAUUUGGGUCUGGAGAGGAGUGACAACACUCCUCAAAUCUUUUCAAUAAAAAAAUAAGAGUUCUCCUUCUUCAAGAAGAGGAAUGCUUGUUGUUGUUUUUUAGAGGGGGGGGGGGGUUGUACUUGUUUGUAUUCCAAUCAAUAAAGCGGUCUGUGCAGCCUUUAUAUACA